GAACCCAUAUCUUCUUUUCUGGGUUUCGUUGCUGUGCUACUCCGCUGUCGAGUCCAGUCAUUUCUGCUACCUCUGUAUUGUCACAGAAAGCGUCUCCAAUGGCCAAGAACAAUAAGUUAGGACCAAGAAAACCAGGAAAAUUAAGUGUUUAUCUUUACAUUCCCAAUAUAAUUGGGUAUACAAGAGUGUUCAUGAAUUGCUAUGCAUUUGCUAUAUGUUUUUCUAACAAAUGGCUAUUUUGCGCUCUUUAUUUUGUCAGCUUUGUUUGUGAUGGUGUUGAUGGUUGGUGUGCUCGCAAAUUCAAUCAAGUUUCAACUUUUGGAGCUGUUUUGGACAUGGUAACAGACAGGAUUAGCACAGCUUGCCUACUAGUAAUUCUUUCCCAAGUAUACAGGCCUGGCAUGGUUUUUCUGUCAUUGCUUGCCCUUGACAUUGCUAGCCACUGGCUGCAGAUGUACAGCACUUUCUUGCUAGGCAAAGUUAGCCAUAAAGAUGUGAAAGACAGCACUAAUUGGCUCUUCAAGGCUUACUAUGGAAAUCGUAUGUUUAUGGCUUAUUGUUGCGUAGCCUGUGAGGUUCUUUAUAUUACUCUGUUUCUUCUUGCUAAAAAUGACUCUGAAAAGUUGAUGGAUGUUUUAAAGGCUUCUAUAACAGAGGGUUCACCUAUCUCUGUCCUAGUUGGUUUAAGUUUGUUCGGAUGGGCAAUCAAACAACUUGUGAAUGUGAUUCAGAUGAAAACUGCGGCUGAUAUUUGCGUGCUUCAUGAUAUCAACAGAAAGGUGAGGCCGUGAUGAUUUUUAUUCAGCUUGGAUAAUUCCAGUGCCUUCACCGCAUCAGACUUGAUACCGUACAGUUUGGUAGUCUUCAGCUCUAGUGUUGAAUCUUGAAAGUGACAAAUGAGAGUGCUGGAUUUCAAUUGAUGUUGCAAUGUGAAAAGGAUCGCACUUGUAUAACAGGCCGUGAAUUUGAAACAGCUUGAUAACGAUGACAUGACAAUGAGAUUUUUCUACCAUGCUGCGUGGUGUAAACUACACCCUCGAUAGGCGUUUCGCCGCUGGUGAGGUAUUUUUUUUUCAAUAAAAAAGUUGUAUA